AUGUGUCCAGACCUGGAGGAAUGUGUCCAGACCUGGAGGAAUGUGUCCAGACCUGGAGGAAUGUGUCCAGACCUGGAGGAAUGUGUCCAGCCCUGGAGCAUAUGUCCAGACUUGGAGCAUGUGUCCAGACUUGGAGCAUGUGUCCAGACCUGGAGGAAUGUGUCCAGACCUGGAGCAUGUGUCCAGACCUGGAGCAUGUGUCCAGACCUGGAGCAUGUGUCCAGACCUGGAGCAUGUGUCCAGACUUGGAGCAUGUGUCCAGACCUGGAGCAUGUGUCCAGACCUGGAGGAAUGUGUCCAGACCUGGAGCAUGUGUCCAGACCUGGAGCAUGUGUCCAGACCUGGAGCAUGUGUCCAGACCUGGAGCAUGUGUCCAGACCUGGAGGAAUGUGUCCAGACCUGGAGCAUGUGUCCAGACCUGGAGCAUGUGUCCAGACUUGGAGCAUGUGUCAGACUUGGAGCAUGUGUCCAGACCUGGAGCAUGUGUCCAGACUUGGAGCAUGUGACCAGACAUUGGAGCAUGUCCUCCAGACCUGGAGCAUGUGUCAAGACCUGGAGCAUGUGUCCAGACCUGGAGCAUGUGUCCAGACUUGGAGCAUGUGUCCAGACCUGGAGCAUGUGUCCAGACCUGGAGCAUGUGUCCAAACCUGGAGCAUGUGUCCAAACCUGGAGCAUGUGUCCAGACCUGGAGCAUGUGUCCAGACCUGGAGCAUGUGUCCAGACUUGGAGCAUGUGUCCAGACCUGGAGCAUGUCUGGAAACCUCGAAGGGACAAGGAAGGUCCUCCAAGGAACAAGGAAGGUCCUCCAAGGGACCAGGAAGGUCCUCCAAGGGACCAGGAAGGUCCUCCAAGAGACCAGGAAGGUCCUCCAAGAGACCAGGAAGGUCCUCCAGGGACCAGGAAGGUCCUCCAAGGGACCAGGAAGGUCCUCCAAGGGACCAGGAAGGUCCUCCAAGGGACCAGGAAGGUCCUCCAAGGGACCAGGAAGGUCCUCCAAGGGACCAGGAAGGUCCUCCAAGGGACCAGGAAGGUCCUCCAAGAGACCAGGAAGGUCCUCCAAGAGACCAGGAAGGUCCUCCAAGAGACCAGGAAGGUCCUCCAAGGGACCAGGAAGGUCCUCCAAGGGACCAGGAAGGUCCUCCAAGGGACCAGGAAGGUCCUCCAAGAGACCAGGAAGGUCCUCCAAGGGACCAGGAAGGUCCUCCAAGGGACCAGGAAGGUCCUCCAAGGGACCAGGAAGGUCCUCCAAGGGACCAGGAAGGUCCUCCAAGGGACCAGGAAGGUCCUCCAAGGGACCAGGAAGGUCCUCCAAGGGACCAGGAAGGUCUUCCAAGGGACCAGGAAGGUCCUCCAAGGGACCAAGUCCUCCAAGACCAGGAAGGUCCUCCAAGGGACCAGGAAGGUCCUCCAAGGGACCAGGAAGGUCCUCCAAGAGACCAGGAAGGUCCUCCAAGGGACCAGGAAGGUCCUCCAAGGGACCAGGAAGGUCCUCCAAGGGACCAGGAAGGUCCUCCCAAGGACCAGGAAGGGGACCAGGAAGGUCCUCCAAGGGACCAGGAAGGUCCUCCAAGGGACCAGGAAGGUCCUCCAAGGGACCAGGAAGGUCCUCCAAGGGACCAGGAAGGUCCUCCAAGGGGGACCAGGGACCAGGAAGGUCCUCCAAGGGACAGGAAGGAAGGUCCUCCAAGGGACCAGGAAGGUCCUUCAAGGGACCAGGAAAGUCCUCCAAGGGACCAGGAAGGUCCUCCAAGGGACCAGGAAGGUCCUCCAAGAGACCUGGAAGGUCCUCCAAGGGACCAGGAAGGUCCUCCAAGAGACCAGGAAGGUCCUCCAAGGGACCAGGAAGGUCCUCCAAGGGACCAGGAAGGUCCUCCAAGGGACCAGGAAGGUCCUCCAAGAGACCAGGAAGGUCCUCCAAGGGACCAGGAAGGUCCUCCAAGUCCUCCAAGGACCAGGAAGAGUCACAGGGACACAACUCUCAACACUGAGAGUCACAGGGACACAACUCUCAACACUGAGAGUCACAGGGACACAACUCUCAACACUGAGAGUCACAGGGACACAACUCUCAACACUGAGAGUCACAGGGACACAACUCUCAACACUGAGAGUCACAGGGACACAACUCUCAACACUGAGAGUCACAGGGACACAACUCUCAACACUGAGAGUCACAGGGACACAACUCUCAACACUGAGAGUCACAGGGACACAACUCUCAACACUGAGAGUCACAGGGACACAACUCUCAACACAACUCUCAACACUGAGAGUCACAGGGACACAACUCUCAACACUGAGAGUCACAGGGACACAACUCUCAACACUGAGAGUCACAGGGACACAACUCUCAACACUGAGAGUCACAGGGACACAACUCUCAACACUGAGAGUCACAGGGACACAACUCUCAACACUGAGAGUCACAGGGACACAACUCUCAACACUGAGAGUCACAGGGACACAACUCUCAACACUGAGAGUCACAGGGACACAACUCUCAACACUGAGAGUCACAGGGACACAACUCUCAACACUGAGAGUCACAGGGACACAACUCUCAACACUGAGAGUCACAGGGACACAACUCUCAACACUGAGAGUCACAGGGACACAACUCUCAACACUGAGAGUCACAGGGACACAACUCUCAACACUGAGAGUCACAGGGACACAACUCUCAACACUGAGAGUCACAGGGACACAACUCUCAACACUGAGAGUCACAGGGACACAACUCUCAACACUGAGAGACACAACUCUCAACACAGGGACACAACUCUCAACACUGAGAGUCACAGGGACACAACUCUCAACACUGAGAGUCACAGGGACACAACUCUCAACACUGAGAGUCACAGGGACACAACUCUCAACACUGAGAGUCACAGGGACACAACUCUCAACACUGAGAGUCACAGGGACACAACUCUCAACACUGAGAGUCACAGGGACACAACUCUCAACACUGAGAGUCACAGGGACACAACUCUCAACACUGAGAGUCACAGGGACACAACUCUCAACACUGAGAGUCACAGGGACACAACUCUCAACACUGAGAGUCACAGGGACACAACUCUCAACACUGAGAGUCACAGGGACACAACUCUCAACACUGAGAGACACAACUCUCACAGGGACACAACUCUCAACACUGAGAGUCACAGGGACACAACUCUCAACACUGAGAGUCACAGGGACACAACUCUCAACACUGAGAGUCACAGGGGCACAACUCUCAACACUGAGAGUCACAGGGACACAACUCUCAACACUGAGAGUCACAGGGACACAACUCUCAACACUGAGAGUCACAGGGACACAACUCUCAACACUGAGAGUCACAGGGACACAACUCUCAACACUGAGAGUCACAGGGACACAACUCUCAACACUGAGAGUCACAGGGACACAACUCUCAACACUGAGAGUCACAGGGACACAACUCUCAACAGCCGCACUAACAUUUCAUGA